AUGGGCGGCUUCAAGAUCGUCGAGGAUCGCCCCACACCCAAGGCAGUGUACAACCGCCGCAUCUAUGCCCUGUCCCUCAUCUGCGCGGCUGGUGCCCUCACCUUUGGCUACGACAAUGCCUUCCUGGGCACGACCAUUGCGCGCCCGGGUUUCCAGCGCGACUUUGGGUUCACACAGCAUUCGGCGGCCUGGAUCACGCAGACCACGUCCAACCUCACGUCGGUCUUCCUCGCCGGCGCGGCCAUUGGAUCCCUCAUUGCCUGGCCGUUCAUGGAGCACUAUGGCCGCGUCAAGCCUCUCCAGGGUGCCUCGGCCAUCUUCAUCGCUGGUGCCGCCAUUAUGACUGCGACCCCCGGUAACCUUGCCCUGAUGUACGCGGGGCGUGUCAUCACCGGCUUGGGUGUUGGCUGCCUCACUGCCGUCAUCCCCACCUUUAUCGCAGAGAUGGCUCCUCCCCCGAUCCGCGGCCAACUCACCGGAUUCUUCGACAUUGCGUACCAGAUUGGUGCUCUCACUGGCUUCUGGAUCAACUAUGGCAUCACAAAGACCUUGCCUGCCACGUCUCCGUCUGCGUGGCGUAUCCCCAUGGCCGUUCAGCUGAUCCCGUCGGGACUUUUUGCCAUUGGCACGCUCUUCAUGAAAGAGUCGCCCCCAUGGCUCCUGCGCAAGGGCCGUGACGACGAGGCCAUGGCCAACCUUAGCUACAUCCGUGGGCUUCCUGCCGACCACACAUACAUGCUCGAGGAAGUGGGCAUGGUCCGCGCCAUCAUGGAGGAAGAGGCACGUGUGGCAGGAAAUGUCCCGGGCAUGUGGGGAUACCUGCGUGGCGCCGCCCGCGAGCUCAGCCGCCCUUCCAUGCUCCACCGCGUCAACCUGAUCUUCUUCAUCUUCGAGUUCAUGUGCUUUAGCGGUGCUCUCUCGCUCAACUAUUAUUGUGUGUUUUAUUCCCCUCAGAUCUUCGCCUCGGUCGGAAUCACCGACACUGCGCUUUACACUGGCAUUUACGGUCUUUUCAAGGCCCUUGGCGCCAUUACGUUCUACCUGUUCAUCAUUGACCGUGCCGGCCGUCGCCAGCCGUGGCUGCUCAGUUCCGGUAUGUGCUGCCUCACCCUCAUCUACCUCGCCGUCUACGUCAAGGUCGCCGCUCCAGGCGCCAAGGACGCCACGGGCGCGCUCCUCCCCAUUUCCUCGUCGUCUGCGGCGGGUGGAAAGGCGGCCAUCUUCAUCAUCAUGCUCUUUUCAAUGUGCUGGGGCUUUGGCGGCAACGGCCUGCCGUGGAUUGUGACGUCGGAAAUGUUCCCAAUCUCCCUCCGUUCCAUCACUGGUGCCUAUGCCUCGUUCCACCACUGGCUGGCCUCGUUUGCCGUCACCAUGAGCUCGCUGCCCAUCAAGAACUCUUGGGGAUGGGGCAUGUUUUUGUUCUACGCCGCCAUCAACGCCAUUACCUUCAUUUUCACGUAUUUCCUCAUCCCAGAGACCAAAGGCGUGCCCAUCGAGUGCAUGGACAUGCUCUGGGGCGGCAAGACAAAGUACACCCAGUUCCGCCAGAGGGCUGUGUACCCUCCCGACGGUAUCCCGCCGUUCCCGGCCGAGCUCAUCCACGACACCGACCUGGAUGCCAAGCAGGACACGGAGCAUGUCGAGCAGGUCUGA